AAUCAACCCUUGGAAAUCAAGUUCAAUGUUCAACCGAAUCACAUGCCUCAAAGAAAAUUGAUGAGCAAACCAAAGAGUUAAGGCAGAACAAUACUCUUAUGAGGCAAGGAAAAUCAACCACGGGAAACAAAGUUCAAGGAUCAACGGUAGAUCGACAAGCCUGCAAGAACAAAAAAUAUAUUCCAAAAUGUCCCGCUUUGGCACUUGAUGAGUAUAUUGAAAUGAGGAAGGAACAACAUGUCAUAGAGGAAGCUGGUGAUGAAGAUAUAGAAGAAAAUGAAAUGGAAGAUGAUAUGGAGAAUGAUAUCAACUAUGAAAGUGAUGAAAUUGAAGGAGCCGAUGAAAAUGAAGUUGAAGGAUUAAUAAGAAAACGAAAACGAGGAAAGACUUUAUGUAAGAAUAUUCAUGCUCGAGAUUUCAAAAAUAGACAAGAGAUCACGUUGAAUGAAGAAGGACAACCAAUUGGACCAGAUGAAAAGAGAGUGGCUGAACUUAGUAGUUUUUUGGGGACAGUAGCAAGAAGUGCAGAUUUAUGUCCUCUCACCUUCAAUAAUUGGAAGGCUUUGGUUAAGACUUGGAAUGAUGAAGAAAUCGAUCCAGUCUGGGAAUAUGUCAAUGAAAAAUACAUCAUCCCAGAGAAAGGAAAGAAGGAUGUAUUUGCUAUUGUAAGUGAUGCUUGGAGACGAUACAAAUACUUGAUUAAAAAGAAUCAUUUUACCAAGUACAAAACCAUGCGCGAGCGGUUAAAAAAUCGUCCAGAAGAGGUACCGGAAGAAGACUUUAAGAAGUUAUUGGUGUAUUGGAGAGAUAAAAACAGUCAAGAAGUAAGUCUGCAAAAUGCUCAAAAUAUUGCUCAACUGAAAUGGAGACAUCGAACGGGCAAUAAAGCCUUUGCUGUUAUAAGAGAAAAAAUGCGUGUAAGUAAUGAAGAUAAAGAGCCUCCCAGUCAAGCGGAAAUGUUCAUUGCUACACGUCAAAGUAAGAAAGGAAAAGAGCUGGAUCAAGAAACCAAUACUGCAAUUAUAAAGCUUCAAGACUUAAUUGAGAAACAUGGGAAGCCUUCUGAAGAAGCCUUUCAAAGUGUAUGCGGCAAAGAAAAACCUGGCAGACUUCGUUGCCACGGAAGAACUACAACUAUGACUCUAUUGAAGAGAAAUGAAGAAAUUGCAAGACUUAGAAAAGAACAUAAUGAUGAGGUAAAACAAUUUAGGGAUCAGAUACAAGAAAUGGAAGAGAAACGGCGUAAGGAAACAAAAGCAAUGGAAGGAAAAAUUCAGAUUCUUCUUAAGGCCAUGUUGAGUCAAAACACCACUGGGUUGGAUACAGAGGCUUUGGCAGAUUUGAUAACAACUUCUACAGCUGAUGCUAAGAAUGUAUUGCGUUCUUCUACGUCAAUAUUUGCUCAAGAUGAUAAUGAGAUGAAUAAUGAUGAUAUCAAUGAAGAAUUUGAAGAUUUGGAAGCACAAGAUGAAGAGAUAUAGAUGUGUGUUUAUAUAUAUAUAUAUAUAUAUAUAUAUAUAUAUAUUUUAAAGAUGUUCAUUGUGAUCAAAGAUAAACUUAAUCUAUUCAUUAAAGAUUAACAAAACAAUAUAUUUUGAUCUAUAUUUAACAAAGUAUUUCUUUUUGUUAAAUAGUUGUUUAAUUCGAGAUAUUACAUGU